GCCGUGAAGGCAGCGCGGCGCUCCGCUGCCAUAUUGUUGUGUUAUUUUCGGGGCAGCGGCGGAGUUUGGGAGUUUCAGUCGCUGUCUGCGGACUCAGCGGUCUCCACUGACGUUAUCUGGAAUACAACUGAGCUUCAAGUCACUGUCAAACUUAGCGGACUACGAGAGGAGCCGUCGGGUGAGGUGAAGAUGGUGGACCGGCUUGCGAACAGCGAGGCCAACUCCAAGCGGAUCGCAGUGGUCGAGGGCUGCUUCGGCGCUGCGGGCCAGCCGCUGGCCAUCCCCGGCCGCGUGCUGAUCGGCGAGGGCGUCCUCACCAAACUCUGCCGCAAGAAGCCCAAGGCGCGCCAGUUCUUCCUCUUCAAUGACAUCCUGGUCUACGGCAACAUCGUCAUCCAGAAGAAGAAGUACAACAAGCAACACAUCAUCCCGCUGGAGAGCGUCACCAUCGACACAGUGCCGGACGAAGGCGACCUGCGCAAUGGCUGGCUCAUCAAGACGCCCACCAAGUCCUUCGCCGUCUACGCAGCCACCGCCACUGAGAAGUCAGAGUGGAUGAACCACAUAGGGAAGUGUGUGGGAGACUUGCUGCAAAAGAGCGGCAAGGCUCCGACGGGUGAGCACGCUGCCGUGUGGGUGCCUGACUCGGAGGCCACAGUGUGCAUGCGCUGCCAGAAGGUAAAGUUCACGCCAGUCAGCCGCCGCCACCACUGCAGGAAGUGCGGUUACGUGGUUUGCGGGCCGUGCUCGGAGAAGAAGUACCUCCUGCCCAGCCAGUCGUCCAAACCUGUUCGCGUCUGCGAGUACUGCUACGUGCAGCUGACGUCAGGAGCCCUGGCGCCGCGCACAGACUCCAUCAGCCGGCUGGGGUCAAAGUUCAACAACCUGUCGGACGAUGACGACGAAGACGACAGCAGUGACUGAGAGACGAGCACAUCCUCCCGACGGUCAGCCUCGUCCCCGCGUCAAGGAGGAAAUACUUCUUUUUUUGUUUCUUUCUCCUCCCAGAUGAUCGAAUCAGUGAUGAAUUCCACCUCGGAGGAUGAAUUCAUUCAUUCACUUCAAACCAAAAUAUUUUAUUUUUUCCUCUGAUUCCAGCAGGGAUGAAUAUAUUCCUGAACACAGUGAUUUAAACGAUGAAAUGUGGAAUUAACUGGGUGACCAGGAGAACUCUGGGAGAAAGCCUGACUCUUCAUCACUUCCACUUCUCUCUCGACUCUCGGUUAGGCUGCAGUUAGUCACUACAGACGCAUUGGUGCUAAUGAGAAACAUCCCCUCCUCUUUCUCCUCCUCUUUACUUCUUUAUCUCUUUCUCUUUUUGUUUUAAUGUCCAUGAACUACACGAGGUGAUUGCUUGUAAUUUCUGCAGGGAAAACUAAAUGUUUGGGCUCUAACCUUUAUCUCCUCUGUCCUUCAGGUAUUACACCAAACAGGGCUUUUUUCAUAACAGAAGUUUGGUAUUUUUCUGCCUGAUUUUGUAAAUUUGUCUCCAGCAAAAUGUCAAGAUCCCUUUUUAUAAAUAAGAUAUUACUGUAAACGCAGAGCUUUUCUAGUCGACCUAAUAUAGUUGCUUCUGACAAAUCAGCUGAAGCUUUUCUCGCAGUGAGUGUUUGUCUCUGCAAACACACUUCUGUGAGUUUUCUCAGCGACCGCCCCCCAAAAACUAACUCGACCUCUUGCCUAUGCCGUCACGUAGUGCCUUGUAGGAAAUUAAGCUCAGCCUUCGAAAAAGAAAGAAAGAAAUAGGUUAUUUUUUAGUUAAUGAAUCCAGGCUGCAAAAAAACAGGGACUUCAUGACAGUUUGACUCUGAAACACAUUACACAGGAUGGUGUUUGGUUUUGUGUGCGUGUGCUACAAACAGAAGAGCAGGGAGACUACCGACCAGCCGACAGACGGGAAGAGUUCAAUUUGGGCUUUCCCUGGAACUUUUCCUGAAAGACACUUGACUCAGCCACCACUCUCAAAUUCUGUGUUUGAGUUUUUGAAAGGAGAGGCAUCGGUUUUCAGAUUCAGCUGCUAAAAGGCAUUUUUUUCCACCAUGUUAUUUAACAACCUGUAAUCUGGAGUUUCCCUUAACCUGAACAACUUCCUGCCCUUUGUUUCCACUGUGUUUUACAUACCAGAGCGUUUUGGAUACACGUCUUUUUUAAAAAGACGACAUCGGGACAAACGUCAUUGUUGUGUGAUGUUUGGCAGGCGAGUGGGGUGCAGUUGGUGAACGUCUCCAAGCGACCUCUGUUGAAGUGUAACUCCAGCUUUAGUGGAAAACAUGGGUCACUACUGGAACUGUUGCAGGAUUUUUUUAAAUACCAAUGUACCCAAGUGUGUAACUCAACUAGUAACAUACUCCCCAAAACUGUGGCUGGGCUGCAAGGCUGCAAAAACACACAUCAGAUAUUCUUCAUUGGAUUAUUAUAGCUUAACGUUGAAGGGAUAGUUCAGAUAUUUUGAAAUGGGGUUGUAUGUGCUACUUAUCCAUACACGGUGUUUUACAAACAGUACAUGUAAGUCGGCUCGCCUGCAGUUUGGAGUAUUUUAGCCACCUAAAAAAGUCCCACCUAGAAAAAGCUAUAUCAGUUUAAGUGUGUGCUUUAUUGGGAGUAUUUUCACUGCUUCACCUUCAUGUCAGACAGUGAUUAUCAACGGGAAAAUAAAGCUAUGUUGCUCUCUUCAAAGCCAGACUCCAUUGAGAAAAACACUGAUUUAACAUAGCUGAACACACAAACUGCUGGUCUACCACUGCCUCGAUGAGUUUGUUUGUUUGUGUUAGUGUGUGAGUUUGGCAUUUUAAAGGAUUACUUUGGAAUCACCAAAGUCGCACAAUAACACAAACAGACUAACUGAUCAAAGCAGCAGUAGACCAGCAGCUCUCGUGUUCAGCCAGCUAAAAUUACUGUUUUUCUCAGUGGAGUCUGGUGGCUUUGACGAGAGCAUAGAUGGGGAAUUGAAGCCGGUACAGCUUGUCGAAAUAGGCUGUUUGAUGGAGAGAUAAAGCAGUGAAAAUACUCUCAGUAUAGCGUACACUUCAACCAAUACAGAUUGUUUUUCAGGUGGUUAAACUCUGUUUUGUUGCUGACCGCCAUCCACAGCAGCACAUUACUCAGCUUUCGUGUCAGACUCCAGCCUGCUUCUCCAAACUGAGGGCGUGCCGACUGCCGACUACACUGAUCAUGAAUAAGUACCCUAUACAACGCCACUUCAAGAAAUGCGAACUAUCCCUUUAAGUUCCUGUAGUGGAGGAGGCCAUGAUGUAGAAGUUGGACAAAGAUUCAAAGUUUCCUCUUCCUCUGGGAUGGAGGUUUUUCCACAAAGCUGUCAGUUUGCUUGACCAGAGAGAUGCUUGACACUUCGGCCCGAGCUGCGAUUCAAUGUCUCGUUUAAUUUUGGAUUUACACACCAGUUGAGAUGGGUUCUUUAACACGUGGCCGAUGGCUCCAGUGAAUGAAAUGAAAUGCAAUAACCAGGAAGUCUUAGGCUUGUGUUUUCUUUGGUAAUCACAUGAUCCUGUGUUGCAUCACAGUCUGUGGAAUUCCUCCUCGUUCGGUAGUUGACACGGUUUGCUUUUACUGCAAACUGUCAGCACGUCGUCUUCCUGUCAGUGACUCUUCUCUGUGCUGCUCUGAGGUCAGAGGGCCACGCUGUUUCACAAAACAAACGCACCCUCUUCUGAACUCUUGUGUCACCUCACAGGAACUUUCUCUCCACAGUGUCUGCCAACACAAGCGAACGCAGCCGUCCUUCCCUCCUUAGUUUUUGCAGCACUAGAACUUUCCUUUCCACAAAUCAUGUGACGAGUGUGUGUAAGUGUGUGUGUUUGUGUGUGUGUAUGACCUAAAUCAUGUGAUCCGUCACUGAACCAGGAACUGAAAAGGCGGCCUGGGGGGAAUUAUGGGCAAACUACUUCAGGUUCAGUUACUCUCACAGAUGUUCAUGUCAUCAGUUUCUCUUCCCAGUGACUGUGAAGAGUUUCAUUCCUGUUAAAGAGGCAGCAGUGACUCACACUCCUGGCCUACACUAUACUCAAAAACAAUGUAAUUACAAUCUUAAAAGUUUGCAUGGGUGGAUUUUGGGAGCCAAAACCUUUUAAAUAAAUGAAAAAUUUUAGUUUUAAGUUGUUGUAUUUUUGUCAUGUCACCCUGGUUUCCCCUAAAGUUUUUAUUUUUCCUCCCCAGAAAUAGAUUUCCAGAACGUUGCCCCAUGAUUGUUAGAGGUCAUCACAGGUCCACUCAGGUCCCAGUGUCAAUGAUCAGGUCCAGGACUGAGAUAUUAUUGGGAUAGUCAGUUCUGGUCCAAAUUAUAUUCAUGUCUUGGACCUUUCAUACACACAUGCAGCCUAAACUGCUUCACAAAAUGAAAACUCAAACAAAAAAAUGUAUAUAAACAACGAUAAAAUUAAACUAAAAAUACAUUAAAAUGCUAAAAAUCAACUAAAGUAAAUAGAAUAGAAAUAAACACAAGGGAUAAAAAUGUAGAAACCGAUUAUUUAAACUCAAAAACUAAAGGCCCAGACACACCGAACCGACUUCAGAGAACUAGCAGCAACGAAGACCCCUUGCUGCAUUGUCUCACGUCGCCCUGUCUCAGCCAAAUAAAGUUGCACAUGAACACACCGCAAAGACUUCAGCUGAUGGCCAACCAGCACGUAUGUUCUGCGCCUGCGUGAGAGGAAAUAACUCUCCACACCAGCAGAUGGCAUUAGUCUGUAAACGUCAUUCAAAAAGGGAAACAAGAACACUGUCUUGGUGCUAGUUAGCCAGUUAGCACAUUAACAACUCAAUCUAAUGCUGAAAUAUCAGAGUAUCUUUAUAUUGUGCCAGUGAACAAUAACACAAACCAUCAGGAAACGUUUCUGCUGAAGAACCCAACGGAUAAAGAAAAAUAGUCUGACCUUGUGGAACAAGUUCUUUUGUGUGUCACUCCCUCUGGACUUUAGCUCUUUGUUUACGUUCCUCACUUCGUUUAUCUUCCUGUGUGCUGAGCUGAACUGCCAAUCAGACUGCUUUCUUCAGUGAUGGGCUCCACUCACGUCCAGAGCCGAUUCAGCACGCUAAAUUAUCUAAAUAAAGGCAGCGAGGGCUGAUGAGGGUCACUAGGACUAGGGCGACAGACGCUCACAUUCAAACAUUGACAGAUGGCCGACUGUCGGCUUGGUGUGUCAGGGCCUUAAGACCAUUGAAGAGUGUGAAUUGUGGACAUGGCUGCUCAUAAAGUGCCAGUGUUGGUGGUGUUGCCACGUUUUCGAGCAGGUCUGACCUCCCUGUUGGAUCUGGUCUCCUUUUCUUAGUCAUUAGUGCACACUGGGUUUGAGUCCAUUUCCACACAAGUUUUGGUCAUUUCCAAAUUUCUGGACCUGUCAAGCCCUCUGUUAAUCACUGUUGCUUCGUCUCAGGUUUGCCUCAAACCUGAGGAGCUGAACACUUCGGGAGCAGAGCAGAGUUUGGAAUGAAACUCUUCGCAGGUGCACCGUAACGUAAAACAGUAAAAGACGUCUCUGAGAACAUUGUAAAGACUCUUAUUUCACCUUUACUCUAGAACCUGAGGUCAAACAGGGAAACAAACAGCAGAAGCUCAACCUUUACAUGUGUCACUUCUCUGAGUGCCUCAAGAUGUUUAUCUACGUUAUGACUGCAAACAGUCGGAGCAUUAUGUUUGUCCGCAGGCUGUGAUUUGCAUGUUCGACAGGGUGACAGCAAACGCCUCGUCAGCAGCAGAACAGGGAGCAGAAAGGGAUCUUUUUCUUUUUAUGUCUUUUGAUUUUUACAGAUUUAAUGUUGUUAUGUUGCUGCAUUAAACGCAUUCUGAGUGAUUAGAGAAAUUAACAUGUUGAUGAUCACUAACCAGCUGUCCUUUAUACUCGCUGCAGCCGAGGUGGCGUCGCCGUCACGGUUCGGCCUCAGGUUUGCUGUGGAUUGCUCUUAACACAGUUGGCACAUUGACUUUGAUCCAGGUUGAGUUGUUGUCUCAGACAGCAUCAGAUCCACGGCGACUCUGAUGGACGUUUUAAAAAUGAAUCUUCACGUCAUUUUAAUCCUGUUGAUUUUUAUUUUGUACAUUUGUACAGAUUUGUUUUUGGGUUUAUUUGUUGUACAGUUAUGAUCAGUUCUGAAAUGACGCUGUUUCAGGUCUCCCUGUGCUCAGCCCUCCUCCUCCUCCUCCUCCUCCUCCUCCUCCUGUCUGUCACACCUCAGCAACAUCUGCAGCUUUUUUCACACUCGACAUGAUUUAAAGGAAGGUGAAAAUUGUCUUCAUACAGCAGCCACAGUAACAGAGUGAUCCCUGAACUCAGCGGACGCUCUGAUCUCUGGUCCUUCGGGGAUGUCAACAGCAGCAGCAGCUGGUCAGAGACACUUCAGCAGCAUCGGAUGUUUGAACUCCUCCUGUUUACGUGCACUUAAGUAACCGAGUUUCAUUUGACUGUCUCCAGUGAGCUGAUUCGUCAAACUAGAUGUAAACAAGAUAAUUUCUGAGGAGAUUAGAGAAAGUCACAGUAACUGGAUGUUUAAUCUGCUUUUGACAAGACUUCAGACAGGGAAGCGAAUCAUCUGACUGUGUUCAAUUUUUGAGCUUAGUCUGUCACACUGUACCAUCAGUCUGGCUUAGAAGCACAACAAAAUAAGCCAAAACAGCAGUUUAAAUAAGUGAGUAAGCUUCUGAAAUCGUUACUACUGUGCAUGCAUGUUACCUGGUUUCUCUUAGUGCACAUAAACGCCUCAUUUACCCUCCAAAGGGAAGGAGUGGCCCACCUAACUGCCUCUGACUGACUUACCCUGACCAAUCCCACUUUUCUCGCCUAAACCUAAACAGUCCAACCAAUGAAGGUGAUGAGUACUAGCCAGGUCAGGUCAUUCCUUCGCCAUCCUAGGAUUUGCAGAUUUGCCCACAGCUGAGUGAUCUUGCUGCAGUGUGAAAUACCAAACACCCUCCAGACUGAGGGUGGUAGACAGAAACAGAACUUCACACCUCCCUGGUGUUAUUUUAUUUCCUGUCGUCCAGCUGUUUGUUUGUUCACACUGUGAGCGACGUGUCUGACACGUGGAUCUGUUCUCACUGUGCAUUUAAAGGCAUUCGAUUACAAGCUGAUUUGUAGCAACAAAGUGACAAAUAUUAAUAAGUCAUGUUUGUAAAGGCUGAUUUUUAUUGUCAUUUUAGAGGAUUUUUUUAAAUAGCGCAGCAGCAGAACAGGGACAAGCAAAGAGAGGUUUCAAUCUUUACUUCAGUCCUCAUUGUUCUUCAAACGUCGUCUUUUAAAAUUAUGUUUUCCUCUUUUAAACGUAUCAAGCCUCUGCUGCAUUCAUUCAAUCCUCAACUCUUAAGGUUUUAAAAUAAUUCAAGAGCAUCAUUUAGAGAGUUCAGGUAUCUCAGGGUCUUGUUCACAAGUGAGGGCAGAAUGGAGUGUGAGAUGGAUCGGCAGUUUGGUGCAGCGUCUGUAGUGAUGCAGGCGCUGCACCAGUCCAUUGUGGUGAAGAGGGAGCUGAACCAGAAGGUGAAGCUUUCGAUUUACUGGUUCAUCUACGUCCCAACCCUCACCUAUGGUCAUGAGCUCUGGGUAGUGACUGAAAGAAUGAGGUCACGGACACAAGCGGCCGAAAUGAGUUUCCUCUGUAGGGUGUCUGGGCUCAGCCUUAGAGAUAGGGGGAGGAGUCAGUCAUCCAGAGGGAGCUCUGAGUAGAGCCGCUGCUCCGUCGUGUCGAAAGGGGUCAGUUGAGGUGGUUCGGGCAUCUGAUCAGGAUCCUCCUGGACGCCUCCUGUUAGAGAUGAGCUGGACAGUUUGUUCUUGUUAGCUGCGGGGUCGACAGCAAAUGUGUGUCGCUGACGCUGAGCUCACUUCCUCAAGUUGGAAAGUUUAAAUCAAGGUCCACUUACUUGCUUUGCUCCACCUGAGAGAUCCAGAGCUCCAUCACCUGUUGAAAGCUGCGGAUGAAGCUCAAAAGCAGAGCUUUAAUUUUCUUUGCUCUCAGUGUGAAGCAGUGGGAGACGUAACGUGAUGAAAUCAAAGCUGCAGAUGCUGAGGUCUGCUGAGGAAACUAAACAGAGAGAGGAGACGUGUUGUGACAGCUGAAAGAGAGAUCAUUGUGUUUUAUCUGUUCGCCUCCUGUCUCAUGGAUUUUUUAUGUUCUCACUCUGUUGGUGUCAUUUUGGUGUUUUUUGUGUUUUCUUAGUUUCAUUUGAAUUCUUUUUAAAAGCUUCUAAAAACAAAAGGGCUUCAAUCAGAAUGUAACCCAGCAUAUCAUUGUUUAAUACUAAUUCCUUCAGAAAUCUUUAAGUAUAUAUUAUAUAUAAAUAAUGUAUUGCUUAAAGCUGGACUGCUGUCUUGUGUUGUCAUUCAGAGAAUAGGUGGCUUGAUUAUUAAAGGAGGUGUUGCCACAAUAGAAAUACAG